AUGGAAUACAAAUAUUAUGAUAAGAAGAUGGAGAAAUGCAUAAGUUUUAAUGAAGCUUAUGAUUUAAAUAAUGAUGAAAAGAAGGUUGGUACGAGUUGUGAAGAUUUUCUUAUGAAUAGUUCAUCAUAUAUGAAUGAUGAUUAUUUGAAGUUAAAUAUAUUUACUAUUAUAAAGAAUGAAAUAAUAAAUGUAUUGUCAGUUAUAAAAAAGCAUGAAUAUAACAAAAAUUUAGAUUCAAGUAUUGUAGACGCUUUAUUUAUUUUAUAUAAUAAUAUAAACAAUUUAAAUAAUAAUUUAAAGGAAGAAAUAGAAAUACAUGAUUUUAAUAAUAAGUUAGAUAUAUAUCAUAUUGCUCCAUUUUUAAAUAUCAUAAGAAAUAAUAAUAUCUUUUAUAAAAUUAAGUUAAGUGCAUUACAAUCGUUAGAUCAUAUAUUAAAAUAUAAUAGUAGUUAUUUUAAUGAUAAAUAUUCUAAUGAACAUUUAAAUCGAAAACAAAUAUCUUAUUUAUGUGAUGAUUAUGAUAAUGAAGUAAGAAGUAAUACUAGUGAUCAUAUAUGUAAAAGAGAUAUUAUAAAUGAAUCUAUAGAAAAACAUUGGACUAAAGAUUUUGAUGAUAAACAUGAUGGACCAUUAACAAAAAUGUUAAAUGAAAAAGUUCCAAAGAAAAAAAAAUAUCAUUUCUUUUCAAAGAAUUAUAAGUUACAUAAAAAAUAUCAUUUGGAAAAAGAAGAAGCAGAAGAAAAUUUUACGUGUGUAAUAAACAAAGGAAAUAAUAUUAUUAAUAUUAGUAUAGAAACAUUAUUGAAUGCACCAAUAAAUUAUCAUAAUAUGAAUUAUGAAGAAAUUAUUUUAUAUGAUACUAUGAUAUUAUUUAAUAAUAUAUUAAUGAAUUCUAUAAAAGUUGUAGACAAGAAUAAUAUUAUAAAAAUAAUAUGUUAUAUUUUUAAAAUAUACAAAAGUACGAAAUAUUCUUUAUUAUUUAAAGGAAAUUGUGAAUCAAUAUUAAUUAAUAUUUUUCAUGUGGUUAUGAAAAGUUAUGUAAAUAAUAUAGAUGAUGAUUUUAUUCAUGAUAUAUUAACUAUCAUUUUAAUAUUAAUAAAUAAUAAUAAAAAUAAGUUUGUAUUAGAUUUAUUAAAUAAAAAGGAUUUUAUUAAUUUAUAUAAUGAAUUAUUUGAAAAUGAAAUGUCUCAUGAAAAUUUAGAAAAUAUUAACAUAUUAUCAUUUAGUUUAUUAAAUAUAUUAAUAGAAGUAUAUGGAUAUUCAUUAAUAAAUAAAAAUUUUGAUUCUAUAUCAAAUAUAAUCAGAUGUCUAUUUAUACAUAUAACAUCAUCAUCUUAUGUACUUAUAUGUAAAGCAUUAAGAUCAUAUAUAAAUAUUUUCAUUUUAUAUAAAAAGCACUUUUUUAUAUACAAUGAAAUAUUUAUUAAUAUAUUAUUAAAUACAUUAAAAAAAGGUUCAUCCAAAAAUAUAACUGAAACGGCACUAUUAACCUUGUCACAUUUUUGUCUAGAAAAUGUAUUAUUCGAAAUAUAUUAUAAUUAUGAUGUUAAUUUAUAUGCCUCAGAUUUAUUACAGAAUUUUAUAAAAUCUAUAUUAGAAUUAUGUGUUAAUUUUGUUCAUAAUACAACAAUAAUAAAUGAGGUGAUAUUCAAAAUGAUAAAAAAUAUUUUGUAUAUAUUAGUACCUUAUGCUAAUCACACCAAACCAAAAAAAAAUAAUGAUCAUCAUAAUCAUAAUAUUAGUCAUCAUAAUCAUUUGAAUAGUCUACAUUUACAUAGUAAUGACAGCUAUUAUAAUCAUAUUUCUAUUCAUGACAUGACUCACAAUACACAUGAUUGUGGUUAUAUAAACCAAUUAAUAAUUGAGUUUAAAAAUGAUAUUUAUUCGGAUACUUAUAAUAAAGUUUUUGGAUCAAGGAAAAGAAAAAGGGGAAGAAAAAGAACGUCUAUAAUUCAUGAAUUUAAUAUUAAAGAUAAGGAUAAAGAAGAUGAACACGAUAACGAAAAUAAAGAUGAAGAUCACAAUAAGAAACAUAGUAUUAAUAAUAAUAAUAAUAAUAAUAAUAGUGGUAAUUAUUAUGAUAAUGAAGGAAAUUUAAAUCAACAUAUUAUUGAUAAUCGUAGACGAACAAGUUUAUCGAAAAAAGAAGCUAUUAAUGAAUUCAUUGAUCGUUAUAAUGAUAAUAAGAAUGAAUUGAAAAAAAAAAAACAUAAUUUAAAUGAAUUAUAUUCCUUAAAUUUCUUAUCAUCAUCAACUAAAGAUAAUAGAUUUGUUACUUUUUGUGCACUCUUAUUAUUUGAACAUUUCAGAGAAUAUGUUAAAGUAAAAUAUAUUAAAAAAAAGAAACAUAUCAUGAGAAAGAAAAAAAGAAGAAAGGAAAUAUUAAAAAAAUCAGCAACUAUAUUUAAUACACUUAAGGGUAAAGCUGUUGAUGAAUUAAUUAAAAUGAGAAUUAUACAAACACAAGAAACAUUUAAUAAUAUUGAUUCUAAUUAUGCUAUCAUCGAUUCAGAAGCUAUGCACAAAGAUGAUGAUAUAAUUGAAUACUCAAGUUCAUUAUAUGAAAAUAGAUCAUUUCUUACUAGUGAAAAUGGUUUUGAAAAAGGUUCGAGUAUUAAGAGUAAUUCUUUUAAUCCUAAUACACAUGAUAAUAAAACACAAAUGAAUAAUAGUAACAUUGAUAUGAACUUAUCUCAUAACAGUUAUAAUCCUGAUGAAGUUGAAAAUAAUAGAAGCUUAAUCAACAAUCAUAGUCAUUUUACUACUGAAGAAUCAUGUGACGAAAGGAAUGAAAAUGAAAAGGACAUAAAAAAGAAGAAACAUAUAAAAGGACAUACUUCUCAAAAAGAACGAGAAAUUGCCAUAAAUGAUGAAGACAAAGUAGAAGAAAAUAAUAAUAAUAAUAAUAAUAAUGAUGGUAAUGAUGUGCAAGUAAUAAAACAAGAAAAUAAAAUGUUAAAUGGUAUUGUUGAUGAAAAUACAUCAAGAAAUGAUAAAAAAAAAAAAAAAAAAAAUAGUUCUAAUAUACAUAUUAAUGUAUCUGAUGAUCAUUCAGUAUUAAAUAAUAACUCCAAAAGUUCUAUUGGUCAUUAUGAGAAAAAUGAUGAAGGCAAAAAAACAGACAAAAAUGAUAAUACAGAAAAUAAUAUUAUUAAUAAUAAUAAUAUUGAUGAUGAUGAAAAUAUUAACAAUAACUACACAAAUGAAGAAAUAUCUAAAAAGGAAAGUGAUUUACAUAAAAUGGAUAAUCAUCAAAAGAAAAAAAAACACCACCAUCAUAUGACAGCAACGGAAAUUAUUUCAACGGUUGCUCAUAAUUUCUCUAAAAAGCAUUUUAAACAUAGUACUAAAAAUAAUUUAAUGGAAGAUGAAUAUUUUGUAAAAUCAAUGGCUAAAUUUGUAAGAUACAAUCCAUUUUUAGAUAAAGAAUUUGUAGGUGAAUAUAUUUCACAUAGGAAAAAUAUAAACCUAUUAAAACGUUAUGUAAGAUUGUUUGAUUUUUGUAAUUUAUCUUUAUUAUCUUCUUUAAGAUUAUUUUUACGUUGUUUUAAAUUACCUGGAGAAGCUCAAUUAAUCGAGAGAAUAUUAGAACACUUUAGUUUAUGUUUCUUUUAUUCUAAUCCUAUACAUGGUGAUUUAAGUAACAUAUAUAAAGUAGAGAAUGAUAAGGUUGUUUGUUUAGUAAAUGACGAAGAACUAGCAAAUAAAAAGAGGUACAUAUUAAUAGAUUUUUUAAAUGAAAAUAGUAAUAAAAAUAAUGUUACUCAUGAUGAUAGUGUAUUACAAAAUGGUAAUGAGAGUGACCCGAAAAAAAGUGUUGAUAAGAAUAAUAAUGAAAAUGAUUCGAAUAUAAAUGAAUGUAGUACAAAUGUGAAAAAACACAAUGUUGAUAAUAAUGAAAAUUGUGUGAAUGAUUUACAUAUUGAAGAAAAAAUUAAUUUAAAAAAGAAUGUAAAUAUAAAUGAUUAUAUGCAUAAAAAUGUAUAUUACUUAUCCAAAAAAAUUGAAGGUAUGAGUGAAGAGGAAAUUCAAAAGAAGUAUGUACUUGUUGAAAAUAGUGAUGUUAUUUUUAUAUUGACAUAUUCUAUAAUUAUGUUGAAUACAGAUUUACAUAAUAAUCAAGUUAAGAAUAAAAUGAAAUUAGAAGAGUUUAUUAAAAAUAAUAGAGGAAUAAAUAAUGGAAAAAAUAUUGAUAGAAUAUAUUUAGAAAAUCUAUAUAAUUGUAUUUUAAAUGAAGAAAUCAAAUUAUUUUCAAAUACACAAAACACAUAUACAAAUGAUGAUCAAUAUUGGAAAUUAUUAGAUCAAAAAAAAGAAGAAUAUAAAUAUUAUCAUUCUUUUAAAAAGAAUGAAAUAUAUUUUUAUAAAUAUGAUAUAAACAAAUUGUUAAUAAGAAAUAAUUUCCUACCUAUAUUUUUUGAACUCUUUAAAAGAACUAAUGAUUACAAUUUAAUCGAACACUGUACUUUUAUGUUUAAAAUGGUUAUAAAUAAUUUGGCAUAUUAUCAUGAUUUAGGAAAUAUAAAUAAAAUAGGUUAUAUAUUUAAAUAUAUAAAUUUUUAUUUAACACAAAAAUGUCAAUCUUUAUUAUAUUUAUUUUUCCAUUUUAUAAAAAAAUGUUAUAAUUCAUUUAGAAACUGUUGGUCUAUUUAUAUUAAUAUUAUAUUUAAAUUAAUAACUAUUGAUUUAUUGCCUAUCUUUUUUUAUCCACAUAUAUUUAUAAACAAUACACAAUUUAAUAUUGACAAAGACUUUUUAAGUAGAAAGUCUAAGAAAGGAAAUACCUUAGAGACAUACAAUAUAAAUAAAAGUAUUACAGAAACCUAUCAACAUCCAUUUUUAAUGUUUAAGAAAAAUGUCAAGAAAUUAAAUAAAUCUAAAUGGAUUGAUGAUUUCAGUAGUAUGUUUUUCUCAAGACAUAGUACUAAUGAAAAUAACAAUUUGUCUAUAAUAUUUAAGGAUAGUGGUAAUUAUAAUGAAAAGAUCGAAGAAAUAAAAAAUCAAAUCAAAGAAAAGGAAAAGGAAAAAAAAAAAAAAAAGAAAAAUGAUAAGGUUAAGGAUAAGGUUAAUGGACAAGAGAACGAACAUGAUAACUUAAACAAAAAUAAGAAGAAAAAUAAUGAAGAUAUAAAACAUGACGAUAAAGAAAAUGAAAAGCAUUCAGAAGAACAUCAUAAGGCAGAUCAUAAUGAUAUAGAUGAAGAAGAUUAUGAUGAAGAUGAUGAUGACGAUGAUAUUGAUGAUGACGAUAAUGAUUAUGAUGAUGAUUAUGAAGAUGAUGAAUAUAUUGAUGAUGAUAAUGAUAAUUAUUACAAUCUGAAUGACAAUAAUAAUAAUGAUAAUAAUGAUGAAUUGGAAUAUAUUUAUGUAAAUAUCAAAGCGGAUCCUAAAAAUAUAGAUACUAGUGCAAUAAUUGAUAAUGUUAAUAUAUAUAAAAAAUUAAAAUUAGAUAUAUAUAACUUUUUUACAUUUAAUGAUUUUCACAAUAAUAUGAUUACAAAUUUAAAUAUUAGUAGUUUUAUUUAUUUAAUAAAAAUUUUAAUUAUUAAAUGUUCAAUUAAGAAAGAAAAUGAAAUACAUAAUGUGUCUGCUCAUCAUACAAAUAAAGCGGAAGUACAUCAUCAUUCAUUUUUAAAAUCACCAACAAUGUCACAUAAUCAUAAUAAUAAUUAUUUAACUAAUGAUAAAGCAGGUACUACAUUUAAUGUUAAUGAUUAUAUUAAUGAUACAAAUCCUAUCAUAGUAAAUUCUGAGAGUUCUUUUGAGCAAUUUUAUCAUAGCAAAGAAAAAUUACUAAGUACUCAAAUGUUUUUUCAUAUUAUGUGUUAUAAGAUUAAUUAUACUUAUAUUUUAUAUAAUAUGUUAUGUAAAUUAAAAUUGAAAUCUUAUAGAAGAAUAAAUAGAUUUAUAGAGAAAGGCGAAGUUCAUGAACUGAAUUUAUAUAUGAAACAAAUUCAUGAGGAAAGAAAAUGUAAAAAUAUAAACCAUGAGGAAAGAAAUAAGAAAAAUUAUUUCGAUUUAACCUUAAAUAAUAUAUAUGACACUGAUAAUACAAGUGAUGCUGAAUUGAGCGAUUCUGAUUAUAGUGACAUAUCUAAUGAUUCGUUUUUUGUAAAAAGAAAGGAACGUAUUUUAGUUGAUAUAUAUAUGCAUAGUCAUGAAGGUCGUGGAGAAAAACAUAGAGAUGAAAGAAAUAGAAAUAUUAAUCAUAUUGAUCAUAAUCAUAAUCAUGAUGAUCAUUUUGAUAAUAGUAAAUAUGUUGAUGAAGAUGAUCUUUAUGAUCAUUAUUAUUAUAAUCACCAUGAACAUAAACAUAAAAGGCUACACGAAGAACAAAAUGAAGAAUAUGAUGAAUAUAAAGAAAUGUAUAAAGAAUUUGAUAAAAUUUAUUCGUAUGCUGAUAGUACAGAUGAAGAAAGAGAAGAUGGACAUGAUGAAGAACAUUCUUAUGAACAUGCACAUCAUAAUCAUGAUGAAGAUGAAGAUUCGACAUAUUUAAGUGAUGACAAAGAACAUGCUGAUGUAUUUAAUAGUAUAUAUUAUAGCAAACAUAAAGGAGGUCAUAAUGUAAAAGGAAAUUUCCAUAUAACGAAUGAUGGGAAUUUAAAUAAAAAUUUAAAGAGAAGUAAACAAUAUUUGAUUGAUAAAAUAAAAAUGGAUCUUUAUAUGAAAACAUAUAUUAUGCACAUAAAAAUUAUCGUAUUUACCUUUGAACAUUAUUUUAAUUUAUUAAAUAGUUAUUUAUUAAUAAAUUAUGAUUCUUCUAUUUUUAUUAAUAUAUAUAAUAGCAUUUUUAAAAAUUACAAGAUGAAUAAUGUAAAAGUAAUGACAGAAGAGGAUAUAUCCAAUGAUAAAUCAUAUAACUUAUAUGAUACAAAUUUUGAAGAUAUAAAUAAAAAAAUAAAUUACAAAGAAGAAGAAGAAGAGGAAGAUGAAGAAAAACGUAUAAACAUAAAUGAUAUUGAAAAUAAUUUAUUUACUGUAAAGAUGGAAAAAUCCGAAACGGAAGAAGGUGAUUGGUUGUUCAUAGAACAAUUAAUUAUGAGUAUUAUGAAUUUUUCAUAUCUUUGUUUUAAUAUAUAUAAAGAAAAUAAAGUGCAUAUUAGUAAGAAGUUAUUAAAGAAGAUGAAUAUGAAUGGGGAUACUGUAAGAAGAAUUUGUUUAGAAUUACAAAAGAGAAAUAAAAAGUUCUUUUUCUUAUGUGGAAUAUAUUUAAUAUAUAUAUUACAAUUUUUAAAGAAAAAUAUAUUAUAUCGAUUUAUUGAUAAAAUAAUAUUUGUAUUAGAAAAAAUUUCAAAAAAUGUAUACGUUAAUAGUUGUAUUAUAAAUAUAUACUUAAAUAUGUUGCAAUUAAUAACUCCGAACAAUAUAUUAUAUAAAAAUACAAAUAAUACAAAUAUAUCGUUAAACGAUAAAGAUAUAUAUAUUUAUAUUGAAAAGGCUACAAUAUAUACUGAAAGUAUUAAUAAUAUAAUAAAUAAUAAUAAUGUUUUAUUAAAACUCAACAAUUUUAAUAUUGAAAAUAUAAUAUUAUCACUUUUACCUUAUUUAUUAUAUUUUAAUAACAAGAAAGAAGAAAUUAAUUCACAUAUAGCAUCAAUAAAUUCUGAGUGUUUACAUAUAAUAUCAAAUAUAUAUUAUAAAAGUAUAUACAUGUAUAUGAACAAUAAUAUUAAUCAUAGAGAUAAUGAUAAACAUAUAAAGAUGAAGAAGAAUAAUACAGGGCUUCUUUUGAAUUCUGAAUGUGACAUGGAAAAACAUCAGGGCAUUUCUUAUGAAAAUAUAAUUGAAUUAAAAAAAAUGUAUAUAUUUUUAUUAACAUGUUUUGUUUUGUCUUUAGCAUGUUCCUUUAGCUCGAAAAGAACAAGGAGUGAAGCCUACAUAAAGUUGCAACAAUUUUUAUUUAAUGAGAGUUAUAUAUUUAAAAGAGUAAACAAAAAGGAAGAUAAUAAUAAUAAUAAUAAUAAUAAUAGUAAUAAUAAUAAUAGUAAUAAUAAUAAUAAUAGUAGUAAUAAAAAUUCCAAGGAAGAAAAAUAUGUAUAUAGAAAUGAAAAAUUAAUAGACCUAAUAAGCAAUUUUAUCAUUUUACCAUUAAUUACAUAUAAUUAUUAUUUUCCAUUUAUAUGUAAAAAUAAAUAUAGAGGAAUAUCAAAUGAUGAGGAUGAUGGAAAUAUGAAACACAGUGAUAAUGAAAUAAAGGAUAGCGAACCUUCUAGUGAGAAUUUGUUAACAUUAGAUCAAAAUAAUUAUUGUAAGGAAGCAUUACUAAACUACAAUUUAUUUCAUAAAAAAAAUCAUGUUAGUAAUAUGUCAGAAGAAAUGUGGAAAAAUAAUGAAUAUGAGAAUUGCGGUUGUAUAAUUAAUUAUAAGAAUUUAGAGAAUAUUGAUAAAGAUAAUCUUGUUUUAAAUAAUAUAUUGAAUUAUGCUAAUGAUUAUUAUAUACAUACUAUAUUACAUAAACAAUAUAAUUAUUAUUUUAGUUAUUUAUAUGCAAAAAAAAUGUUAACAUAUGAUAAUGUUUGUUAUAGAAAAAGUAUGAGUAUUAGUUUUGUUAGUCAUAUUAUGCUAUCCUUUUUAUAUUCACUCCUAAAUUGUUCAGAUGAUAUUUAUGAUGAUGAAAAAAAACAAACAAAUAAUUUAUUAAAUAGUGAAUUAAAAAAUAACAAAACAAAGGAAACACAUAAUAAUGAUGAAGAUAAAAUUUUUAAUUUAUAUUCAUUGUUAUGUUUAAAUAAUGAAGCUAUGUACAACAAAAUUGUUACCAAAGGAAAAUGUGAAAGUAAUUGUAUUUAUUACUUUCUAAAACAUUUCUAUCAUUCCUUAUUAACAAUUAAAGAAGAAGCAAACAAAAUAUUAAAUAUAUAUAAAGAGACAUUUAUAGAAAAUAUGAAAAAUAUUAUUUAUGUAUCCUCUUCCUAUGCUUAUUGUCUAAAGGAUCAUCGUAUUAGCUGUUUUUCACACAUAAAAAAUGGCUACUAUUUUUUAAGAGAACAGGAAAAAAAUAUAUAUAUUAAAUUACAUAAUGUACAAAAUAUUCAUGACAAAGAGUAUCCACAGGAAUUAGACAAUGAUGUUGUUAAAAAUAUUAAAAAAUUGCAACUCAAUGUAAGAAUAAGUAUAGUUAUUGUGUAUUAUAUUUUAUAUAUGGAUAAUAAUUCAAAUGAGCAAUUUAAAGCAACCUUUGAAGAGUUAUUAAAUGUUCUACUAACAAAAUAUAGUGAUAAUGAGCAUGUUGAAAAGGAUGAACAAAAAAAGGAAAAUGAAGUAAAGGAGGCUCAAACAAAUGAUGACAAGGAAAAAACUGUUGUAACGAGUAAUAAUGAAAAUAAUACAGGGAAAAAAGUAGAUACUGUAAACCUUACAAAUGAUAAAAAAGAAGAUAACGUAAAAGAUUUAAAUGAAGUUAAAGAAGAUAACGUAAAAGAUUUAAAUGAAGUUAAAGAAGAUAACGUAAAAGAUUUAAAUGAAGAUAAAGAAGAUAACGUAAAAGAUUUAAAUCAGGAUAAAGAAGAUAACGUAAAAGAUUUAAAUCAGGAUAAAGAAGAUAAUAUAAAAGAUUUAACUGAGAAAAAAGUGGAUGAUAAUCUAAAUAUUUCAAAUAAAGACGAAGCACUUGAAAAACCUCAAGCCUUAGAAGAACAGGAAAAACAAGAUGUUUCCCAUUCAUAUGAUGAAAAAGAUGAAAAACAAAACUAA